GAAACCGUCAUUUUGUCCUUCCCUCCAACUAUAACCCACAUACGUGAACUUCAAACGACAGGUUUGCGGGUCACCGGUGAAUUGAAUCCGCGGGGAAUUUCCUAUCUGAGUGAACAGGCAAUGUGAUCUCUUCGGUGCCAUGGAGGGGACGUGUAUGGAGCUGGCUCUAGAAGGGGAGAGACUUUGUAAAGCUGGUGACUGUCGCACCGGCGUCCAGUUCUUCGAGGCCGCCGUGCGCAUGGGCACAGAUGACCUGAAGACGUUGAGCGCCAUCUACAGUCAGCUUGGGAAUGCUUAUUUCUACCUGCAAGAGUACGGCAAGGCUUUGGAGUACCAUAAGCAUGACCUUAACUUGGCCAGAACCAUCGGAGAUAAAGUUGGUGAAGCAAAGGCUAGUGGAAACCUCGGGAACACACUAAAGGUCUUGGGGAAAUUUGAUGAGGCCAUAGUGUGUUGUGUGCGACACUUGGAUAUAUCCAGAGAACUCACAGAUAAGGUGGGUGAGGCACGAGCCUUGUAUAACCUAGGAAAUGUUUACCAUGCUAAGGGCAAGCAUGCUGGGAAGAGCGGUCACCAGGACCCAGGCGAGUUCCCGCCAGAGGUUAAGGACUGUCUCCAGAAAGCUGCUGAAUAUUACGAGGAGAACUUGGAACUGGUGCGACAGUUGGGGGAUAGAGCUGCCCAGGGGCGUGCCUGCGGUAAUCUUGGCAACACGUACUACCUUCUUGGAAAUUUUAGUCAGGCCAUCGUUUACCACGAAGAACGGCUAGCAAUCGCAAAAGAAUUCGGAGACAAAUCUGCAGAGAGGCGGGCGUAUAGUAACCUUGGCAACGCACAUAUAUUUCUAGGGGAAUUUGAUGUUGCUGCUGAACAUUAUAAAAAAACGCUACAAAUCGCCAAACAGUUAGGAGAUCGAGCAUUGGAGGCUCAGGCCUGUUACAGUUUAGGGAAUACAUUUACAUUGUUACGAGAUUACGAACAAGCCAUAGAGUACCACAUGAGGCAUCUAAUGAUUGCACGGGAACUCAGCGACCGCGUAGGAGAGGGACGGGCCUGCUGGUCACUGGGCAACGCACACACAGCCCUUUGCAACCAUGAAACAGCUUUGCAGUUUGCCACGAAGCAUCUGGACAUUUCUAAAGAGAUAGGAGAUCAAACAGGGGAGUUAACUGCUCAGAUGAACUUGGCAGACCUCAAAAAAAUGUUGGGUAUAAACUGUACAGUGAGCAGUGUGGAACAGGAUCUCAGCAGUUUUGGAUCUGACAGGGACAGCAUCCUGUCCUCACCUACAAACUCAGAAUAUGACAAAACAGAUGCUGGAGUUGCCAGACGACAUAAUCGGGUGCGGAGACUGAGCAUGGAGAACAUGGAGUUGGUCAAGAUUACACCAGAGAAGGCAGCAGCCAAUGCCCAGGCUGCAGGAGCUAAGCCAAAGGCCGCCAAGUUACAGAAGUCGGUAACCAUUGCUGGAGACGGCGACCACAAUGGCAAGCUGAGUCGCCAUAAUGCCCCGCUUGAACGACCCAGAACGGCAGAUCUAACAAGCAAAGAUCAGCAGCGGUACACGGCUGACAUGAUGGAUGAUGACAGUUUCUUUGAGCUACUCAGCCGCUUUCAGAGCCGCAGAAUAGACGACCAGAGGUGCUCAGUCCGUGUGAUGGACACCAAGCCGAAUGAGCUGCAAGGGAACGGAGCUGCUAAGAAAACUAUCAUGACAUCUCCCGGGGCAGAAGAGUUCCUGGACAUGGUGGCAGGUAUCCAGUCCUCCAGAAUAGAGGACCAGCGGGCGUGUCCGCCACGCUUCCCAGGGCUCAACUCUACCCAGGUGGUGGAGGAAUACCUGAGGAAGGAGAAACAUGACGAUCCUGUACCUGAUGAUAACUUCUUUGAAAUGCUGAUGAGGUGUCAGGGCUCACGACUAGAAGAGCAGAGAAGUUCGUUACCCAAUCAGAGAUCCGCUCCUACCGUUCCAGAUGAGGAUUUUUUCAGUCUUAUACAGCGGGUUCAGUCCAGUAGAUUAGAGUCGCAGAGGACGAACAUGCCUCUGAAGCAGGCCAACGCUAGCAGUGGGACAUCAGGCAAGAAGAAGAAAAAGUGAAGACACACAGAAUGGCUGAUGGAAAGUGAAAGUAGAUUGACACAUUGAUGAGAAGAGAUGAAAGAGAGAUUGAAAGUGUAUGGAACUUGGAUAUACAAAAGUGAAAGUAUACAGAGACCUAGGUUUGCAUGAAAUUGAAAGUGAACAUAAGUGAAACCUUGGGAUGGUCAGGUUAAAUUGAUAAGCAAAAAGUGUAUAUACCCAGUGCAUUCCUUAAUGAGAAACAGCCUAGUUAAUGGCUUGGAUAAGUUUUGAUCUACAUGUACUGUAGACUCUGACAAAGAGAAAGACAGGCUGAUGAAUUUUUGAACAGACAGAGGAGAAAGUGGGGAUCUUGAAUUCAGAUCAAAAAUCUGAAAAUCUAGUGAAUUGAAGAUGGAGUACAAAAGACAUAUGCUUGUCAGACAUUUGUGGCAGUGCUGAUUCCUGAUGACGGAAACAGAAGACAGUGUGGCAUGCAGGAAUGAAGACUAGGUGAAGAUGGCAGGCUACAUUUCAGCAAACGACAUAUUCACUCUAGCCACAAUGGGCCUACAGUUCUGUAUGAACAGUGUGGUGUGAUCCUGAAUAUUAUUAAACACACUAGCUUUUCACAUUGUUGAUAGGAUUCCAGUGCAGAGAAGAUGACGUUCUGAGGAAUCUUAAGUGCAGGCAAGGGUAAAUGUAUAGGUCUGGCAUGAAAGCCCCAAAAAUGCAAGGUGUAGGAUGGAAUGCUUCUAGUGGAUCUUGUAAUACUCUAAUCUUAACCAUCUCACUCACAUGUGAAGCCAGUGAAGAUAGAUGACAGUCCAGAUAGGACACAUCCAAACAGAACUACGCAUUUGUUGUUGUUGUUAGAUAUGUUAUAUAAUAUACUGCUAGUCUCUGUUAAUGCUGAUAGCAGCUUGCAUGCGAUACACUUAAAGAUCAAACUGUUACACCUUGGGUGCGUAACGUGGUAUUCAGCCUUACCUGGCAGCCUUGUAUUUUUUUUUGUCUGAAUGCCAUUGAACUGUUAAGUUUUCCUCUGCUCUUUUAGAGGAGGAGUUAUUCCCCUUCCUUAUACUCUUCUGUGCAGUAGUCCAGAAGACAAGCGGAAUCUGAUAUGUUGAGCAUAUUCUUGAUCUGAUACAUCAAAACACCAUAUAUUGUACAAUGUAGUGUCAUUAAACAUCAUUAAAAUUGGUAUGAGCAUGUGUGACUUACAAUUAGACAAAUUUGGAACUGCGAAGAACGUCUCAUGCCUACAGGAUCCUUUUAAUUAAAAUCAUGGCAUUACAAAAUCAGCAUGGUAUGAGUCACAGUUUAGAAAAACAGUCAGAACUGUAU